AUGUUCCGCCGACGGGAAAAUCGCAGGUCCGCGCCCGAUCUUGGUCCCCAUUUCUGGGAGCUAUCCUGGACCGCUCCGACGUCGUCGAAACACCCGAAAACGGUCAUCCCUGACCCGUCGACAUUCCGCGACUCGAUUACCCCGUCACUGGAAAAUGCAGAACAAGGCUCUAGUCGAGCCUACCCGACCCCGGGCCACCUCGCCGCGAACCUGGCGCUUAUCGAGUGUUUCCUGAACUUCAAGAAUGCCGUCACAACCACCCGCAAUCUCGACAUACUCGAUGUUCCGACCUACUCGAACGCACAACCUCCAGAGAAGCGGGCGACCGCACCUGAAGGCGCACAGGCAACCCAGCGAUGGAACACCGUCGUCAGGUUGGCCAUUUCCCGCUUUCACAUCUGGUUCGAGAACAUCGAAUCUCUCCUCCGGCACGCGGCCGCCUACCACAGAUACGGCGCCAACAGCAGCGCCCACCACGCAGCCAUCACGGCAGAUUACCUGCCUCCUCUGGACGUACUGAUGGUGUGGUACGCCUACAUGAACCAUCCGUCUUCGUACCGCGACGACAACCUGGCCCACAGUUCUCCGAAACUCCUGGAGAUACCCAUGCCUUGGGAGGCGAUCCUUGCCGUGAUCGACCUCGAUACCUGCACUUACAGGCCCCCGUUGGCUGCGCAGAAGCUCUUCACCACCACCACGACUCAGAGUGCAGAUAUCUUGGUCUAUCUGAGGGAUCCUCCCCCGUACAGCAAUCUGGAGCCACAUAUGGUCUUUUCCGUCGAUUUGGCCUCUGCCGUGCACGGCCUUUUUGAUGGCGCCAACUUCAUACCGCAGAUGCACGCUCUUCUGUGGCUGCGUUCGCCUUCCCUGGAAGGGACCCUCGCCCGAGCACUCGCCCGGUAUACGGCCCUGCCUGAAGCCACGGGCUUGCGCGCCUCGACCUGGUUCGCCCGUGUCAAGGCGGACCUUGCCCUGGAACUGGUAUGGCGGACACAUAUGCUAUACCCCAUGGCUUUUGCCGCCUAUAGUAAUGGGGUAUUUGGUAGCGACGCCCUUGUGGUGAUGGACGGUGAGGAGCCUGACCACGAACAACCCGACCUCAGCAGUAGUAGUACGGAAAAGCUCGAUCUCACUCAGACUUGGAGUGAGGGUAACGCUGAUUCGGAGUUGUGCUAUUGUUGGACAUGUGAAAGAAUCCGGGAUGAGGUCCCGAAUUAUACCUACCGACCUUCGUCCGCGUCGACCAAUAUGAGUCCGAACCGUGGGACGCCGUCGUCUUCUAGGAACCCCGUGUUUCCAAGAGAAUCUGCCGAUGUCGACCCGCUUCUCUGCUUAACGACAGAUCAAAUAUCUGAGAUCAAGGCCGACGUUGCCUUUCAUCGACACGUGGAAGCAUUCCGCCAGAGCAAUCCGCCCGGCACUCCACUUCCCACCCGACCACUAACGGCUCGUGCGAUGGCGAGACUCAAACAGGAACAGGAUUCCAAGGAACGUGCAGGCCGGUAUUACGGAACAGGGUAUAAGGUGGAAGUGAUCCGACCCGCAGUGUACGACCCUUCGACAGGGGAGUUGUUGAAGAAGGAAAAGACCAAAGUGACGAGAGCGAAGAAUGCGAGUGCGACAGGAAAAUGGGGUGGAGGCUUGCUGGGUAUUUGA